GUUUGUGUGUCUCUCUUGUGCUCUUGUGCUGUCUUCCAGGAUGCCUCGGAAGGGGAGACGCUCCCAGGCCCAGAAGCAGCGCUGGAGGAAGCUGGACGCGUCUGAGAUGCCCACCCCUCCCGUCGACGCACCCCACUGCUCCCGCUCUCCCCAGUACAAGAAGGUUGGUUCCACCCUGCCAGCCGGACGGUUCUGGGAAGAGCGGCAGGCGCGUGCAAACUUUAUUGCACGCCGUGGCACCGGUUACCGCCACAAAGCUUUGAAAUGGCCAACUUCACCCUUUACUGGGCGCAACCACAAGUUGGUCAUUCCUCCUGAGCGCCCUGGAAAGAAGUUCAUUCUUAUUGUCGGGGACUCCCAUCUACGUGCUCUUGUAGAUGGCUUUAUUCGGAUGCCAGAGUCUCGGCUGAGCUUUGGCUUCCUGUCGAUCCCGGGGGCGUCUGCUUCUGAAAUUCGCACUGAGGUUCUGCACGCUGCAGUUCCUCGUGCACCUGAUGCCGUCUGCGUCAUGGCCCCUGGCAACAACCUGACCAGCACCACUGUUGAGAAGGCUGGUGUGGAUUUUGGCAAUCUCCUCACCACUUGUGGCAACCGCUGGUCUAAGGUUUUUGUGGUCGGCUUUCCUCCCCGCCUGGUCGUUGACGUCCAACACCAGGACCUGCUUCGGCAGGAAUACAGACGUGUGGCUGCUCGUAUGGGUGUAAAGUUCUUCAACACUGCAGAGCACUUCCCCCUGAGCGAUUUGGUGCUGUGGAGCAAGGAUGGUGUCCAUCUGAGUGAUUGUGAGGGGAUGGGGAUCCUCGUCCAGUUGUUCUGGUCUGCUGCCAGCGAGCAACUGGUGACACCACCUCCUUCGCCCCGGAUCUCUCCUCAGCCUCCAGUUCGGAAAGCCACAGUGAGAAAGAGAUCCCCUGCUCCACCCAGCCCGAAACCCCGUGAACGGAGGAAUAUUGGUCAGGGCGGCAAGACGAGCCAUCCUCGGGAACCUCCCCGGUCCAGAGGUUCACCAAAGCCCAGGAUGGCUCAACAGCAGGUGGAGGAGAGCUUCCUUCCGCUGAACCCCGUCUGGUUCAGCAGCACAGCCCUAAGUGCCAUGGAGAAAGUGUCUCCCUCACAUAUGUCUUGCCUGGCGGAUUUCAAUGCCAUGGAGAAAGUGUCUCCCUCCCAUAAGUCUUGCCUGGCGGAUUUCAAGGCUUCUCCUAAGCCAAAGAAGCAGUUUGACUCACCCCCGGCCAGAUUGUCCUGCAGUUGGGGCAAGACAGAAACCCCUGUUUGUUCUCCCAUUGCAAAGAUGGCCAAAAUGAUGACCCCCUCACCGAAUGGACAGGUCUGGACAGCUGAUGAUGCGGGCUGCAAGCCUCCUUCUCCUGAGAAGAUGACCCGAACACUGACUCCAUCACAAACCAAGUGGCCCUGGUUCAUGACAGCUGCAUCCACCUCAGCUGAUGCACCAACAGACAAGGAUAAAACCAGGAGCGAGAGUCGCCGUGUGGAGUCAGUCCGGGCCAGUCAUUCUCAGAAUGAUAAGAGGUACAAGGCCUGAGGGGGUCCAGGAGGUGCAGUGGUGAGAUCAGACGUCCUCCCACAAGUCCCCUCCUCUCGGACGCCCAGUCCUUUUGGAAGUC